CAGGUGCACGAAUUGCGGCCACAGCGCGUCUUGUGCACAACACAGCUGCGUCUCAGAGCAGGCGACGGUCCCCUUCGAAAGGGCGCUGCCCCGGCACUCGGCAAAAACCACCGCUGCCGCCGCUGCCGCCGCAACACAAUUAUGUUGGAGCACCCGAUGCAGCGCGCCGACGACGCGCUCUCGCCGAACACCAUGUCCACCUCCAUGCAGGACGACGACCACUCCGAGGCGUCGUCGCUGUCGUCCUUCGAGGGGCCUCUUCCGGAACGGCCGUCGGAAGCGCGCCGGCGCAUCGCGCCGAUCGUCCCCGGCUUCUUCGACCGAGCCGUCUUCGCGGACCGGCCGAAUUCUGCGCUCGAUAGCGCUAGACCGACGUCGGCGGCGAACGCCGAGGAAUUAGGAUGUACGCGGCUGAAUCGGCUGAUCUUUAUUGGCGGCCGGGCCAUAGCCUCAGAUCUCAUGGCUUUACGUAAAAGACGCAUCACGCAUGUCCUGAACAUGGCCGUCGAGACCGAAAACUUCUUCGAGGAGGAUUUGUUGUAUUGCCACAUCUCGUGUACUGAUAAAAACGGCGAUGGUGGGAACUUUCGGGCGGCUCUGCACCGCAUCGUCGACUUCAUCGACAGCGCGCGCGUGGCGCAGGGCCGGGUCCUGGUCCACUGCAACUCGGGCAUUUCUCGCUCUUCUGCUGCUGUGUUAGCUUAUCUCGUGCGACGCGGCCCGCGGAGCGGUUUGCCCGAUUCGGGCCGCGCGCGCGACUCGCGACGGCCACCGUCCGCACGAUCCGGCAUGGCCCUCCUCGCGGCGCUGGAAUGGCUCAAAGAGAGACGGCCCAUCGCGAGUCCUCAUCCCGCGUACAUGGACGAACUUGUCGAGUGGGAGGUCGCCUGGCGGAAGCGCCCGUCCUUGGAUUCAGAGCGCUACAGCGACAACCGCUACUCUAGGGCCGAGGACCUGAAGCUGCUGCUCACGCCGCGGAGCGCGCGCGCGGAGGCGAAGGAGGAGGACGUCUGGCGGCCGAGCGCUCCGCCGCCCGGGCAACGGCGGGAAUGGAAGGAGUAA